UUUGUUGGAAUUGAUUAAAAGAUGAUUUUCUUUUUGCAGGAUAUACUUAUAUUGUGGAUAACAUUCAGGGCUACAAGGUCAUUACUCAGGAAUACCAGAAGGAAUAUGUAAGAAAACUUAUUCCAAAAAUAGGAAAAAUGAUUACUCCAAGUAAAGUUCUUCCACAUCUUCGUCGUAAAGAGCUUAUAGCAAGAUGCGAUAUGAAAAAAAUUGAAAAAAUAUCUGCAAAUUGUAGUAAUUAUGCAGGUGCAAAACUUUUGCUUGAAAGACUACUAGAAAACAAAAAACAUCACAACUGGUACGUUCUGUUUAUAGAGGCUUUACAAGAAGCAGGUAUGAAUGAGGUUGCCAUGGACCUUCAAAUCCCAGCUUUAUUACCAGGCUCGGCACAAAACUUUACUGAUACUGGUACCGUGAAUGUAAACCUUGACACAAGCUUGAUGAAUAAUUCAUUUGUAACUAAAAAUAAAGAAAAAGACAAACGCAAAAAAUCAAGGAAAGAAUCUAUUCAGCCCAACACUCUGGAUAAGCAAUCACAGAAAGCAAGAGAUGCUGCACUUGUUAAAGGGCGAAAAGGACAAAUGAAAACAAAUUAUAGUGAUGAUACAACAGAGGAUGAAAGUAAAUGUUUAGAAUACAGAGAAAUGGUUAGAAUCUUCAAGCCAUUGAUUGUGCAGAAUCUGCUUGUACAUGAUAUUUUACCUUCUUUACCAUUUCUAGAUAAUCAUGACGAUAUAUAUGGUGAAUUGAAGAAUCGUUCCGAAAAGUCAGCUGUACUGAUCCUUUUAGACGAAUUAGAAAAUUGUCAAGAACUUGGAAAGUGGGAAAAAUUUAUCAGUGCCUUAUCUGAAAAUGGGUACUCAUACAUCGUCGAUAACAUUAGGGGUUACAAGUUUAUCAACCAUGAUUAUCAAAAACAGUACAUAAAAAACAUUACUCCUAAAAUUGGCUACAUGAUAACAGUAUGCGAAAUUCUUCCUCUUGUUUCGGCAAAAGAAGUAAUCAGUGAAAGUGACAAAGAAAAUAUUAAAAGAGAAGAUGUCAACCAUGGUAACUUUGCAGCCGCAGUUUUACUACUCAACAGAAUCCACCGUAAGCAUCGCAAUUGGUACCUGCUAUUUAUUGAAGCCCUAAAUGAAGCAGGAAUGAACGAUGUUGUAAAAUGCCUAGAAAUACCAGAAUUGUUAGAAAGCAAAAGGACAAAGGACUUCGAAUUCUAUAAUGAAAACACCUACGACGAAAGAAAAGACACUCCGUACAGCAUUCCACCUUCACCCAAGUCAACCGAAUAUGACACUUUUUCAAUUCAAAACGUGUCUGGAUAUGAGGAAUAUGAAAUGUAUGUACCACCAGUUCCACCUCGACCGCCGUUGUCAAGCAAAUUGUGUGACUAUAAAAUACAAGGAGCCUGUCUAAAACAAAAUAAAAGAAGAAUAUCUAAUAUCUCUGAUGACAAUUCAACCGAAUAUGACACUUCUUUAAAUCAAAGCGUGUCUGGAUAUGAGGAAUAUGAAAUGUAUGUACCCCCAGUUCCACCUAAGCAGUCGUUAACAAGCAAAAAGUGUAACUAUGAAAUACAAGGAGCUUGUCUGAAACAAAAUAAAAGAAGCAUAUCUAAUAAAUCUGAUGACAGGGCAGAAGGCCAGCUGACUAACACUUUGGCUAAUGUUGAUGAUGGUUUGGUCAAGUUUUUUAAUGCUUCGGAAAAUGUAAGAUUAAUGGCUGAAAACGAGGAGCUGAAAAAAGUACAUAAUGCUCUAGCUGUCCAAAACUCCCUCUUGGAGCAAAAGUUUUCCAUGUUUGCAGAUAUUAAUAAAAACAUUAAAGAACGCCGUGUCCUUUUGGAAAAUAUAGCACUAGAGGAAAAGGAAAAGAACGCUUUACUUGCAGGCCCGGUAGCAAGUGAUGAUCUUGAAACUAAUGACGAAGCAAACGAUUUUUAUCCAACAUCUAGAACCAAUGGGCCAGCUGUAGAUACACAUACAGGUGCAUGUGCUCCGAUUAAGCAAACAUUUGAUUACAGGGAUUCAAUACUUGAGGAAAAGUAUUGUCAAGGCAUUGGAUCAAAUGUCACAUUUGAUCAUUCGUCAUUGGUAAAUAUAUACCACCCACACUUCGACAGUCGAAACAAAAUUGUUGCUAUGUUCGACAAAGACAGUGGUAUCGGUAUGGAUUUAAACUAACCUUGAUUGUGAAGGUUUUGCAGUGGUGGAAUAACAAAUGACAUUCUCCCUGAUGAAGUUUUUAAAAACUAAAUUGUACAUGACUAAUUAUGUUUCUGAAAUUCAUAAAUGUUAAAUUCUUAAGUAAUGUCAAACAUGUGUUUAAUAAUGUUCCAUAAUUGAUUGAAAGCAUUUUACAUGUUUUACAACUGAGGAAAGUAGCGCUAAAUGGUCGUAAAGGUAGCAAAAUGUAAACAAAAUAAUAUUUUAACUUUCAUACAAAAUACCCCUAUUGCCAACAAAGCAAUACAAGCAAAGAGAGUUCAAUUUUAUGGCAAUUGAGUAUCAGACACCAUAAAUAAAAAAGUUUUUGAGAAACAAAACUUAAAGCAUGUCUUGAGAAUUAUGUGUCUUUUAAGUAAAAGCGAAUAUAAAAAGACUUACCCAUGACUGUGAAAUCACUCAAAAUAUCGUCUUGCGGGAUUAUAUAUGUUAAAUAUAUGUUGCACUAAAGUUUAGUAAACAAAUGAAUUUCUCUAAUUAUGAAAUUCAUAUUUUUAGUAAUUAUUUGUAUAAUAUGAUGAUAAAAGUAUGUAUGGAAAUAGUACUGGUGUAUGAUAAAAGAAAUGAAAAACUGAUGAAAGAAAUGAAAAAAAUAUCGAAUCAAUGAACUUUGGAAAAAAGAGACUUAAGUAGAAAAAACGUCUGAUUACCAUGGUAGAAUGUAACGAUAUCCCAUUUCUGGGCAAAUCAACAGAGUAAUAAAGAGUUAAUCUUCUGCUCGUUUAACGCGGUUUUACAUUUUCUAACGAUUAAAUAUGCUAUUUCAAUACAAAUCGUUUCAUAUAAUUGUCACACGAAAAGAAUUAAAGUAAAUAAUAAAAUUUGCUGUCGACAAAAUAUAUAAAUAAAAAGAAAUCACUUCGAUGAUUCUAAUCUACUGGUCUGCUCUCUAUAUGUAAAUACGAAAAGUGGAUUAUUCGUUUCGCGAUCUUCUUUUUUAAGAACUGAAAGUCACUGACACGUUAUAAAUAGCUCUCAGGACGCUGUUUUGAAGAAGACUUAACAGUGAUAUGAUGUACUUUUCAAGGUAAGAUCACUGAAAUACCUUCAUUGAAACAACUCAAAAUCUUUAUUCCCACAAAAAAUAACAGCUGAAGGCCGCUUUAACGAAAGAUAUGUAAGAACAAUAUACCAAACAUUGGUCCAGACGUAUGCAUUGUGUUCUAAAAAAUAGAAUCAUUUUUCUAUUUCGCUUUUUAAACAAGAUGAUUCUUUUGCAAGAAUACCGUUUAUAUUGCAGGAAGUAGUAUAAUAUUUAUGAUACAAAACAGCAGAUGAAUAAUGACACAUGACAAAUAUAUGAUGUGUAAAUUUUGCUCUUUGCAUUUUUGGUAAUGACCUGUCAUCGUUAUUAUCAUUUCUAGUUUUUGCUUUUUGAAUUUUCAAUUUCUUACAUUUCUGUGAUUGUAAUGUUUGCUCUGUGAACAAUUUAAAACGAAGUCUUAACUUAUUAUGAUUUCUAAUUAUAGCUCUAUGAAUAAUUGUAAUUCCACCCUGUACGUUAUUAUGAUUGUAAUCUUUGUUCUAUGAAGAAUUGAAAAUGAAGUCUCAUUGUUAUUAUCAUUUCUAUUUUUACUGUAUGAACAAGUGUAAUUCAACCUCAUACGUUAUUAUGAUUUGUACUUUUUGCCCUAUGAACAAUUGAAAAUUUAGUCUCAUCGUUAUUAUGAUUUCUAUUUUUGCUCAAUGAAAAUAUGUAAUUCCACCUCAUGCGUUAUUAUGAUUGUAAUAUUUGCUAUAUGAACAUUUGAAAAUGAAGACUUAUUGUUAUUAUCAUUUCUAUUUUUUGCUUUGUGAAAAAUUGUAAUUCCACCUCAUACGUUAUUAUGAUUGUUAUAUUUGCUUUAUGAACAUUUGGAAAUGAAGUCUCAUUGUUAUUAUAAUUUUUAUUUUUACUGUAUGAAUAAGUGUUAUUCAACCUCAUGCGAUAUUAUGAUUUGUACGUUUUGCUCUAUGAAAAAAAUGAAAAUGAAGUUUCAUCGUUAUUAUGAUUUCUAUUUUUGCUCUAUGAAUCAUUGUAAUUCAACCUCACACGUUAUUUUGACUGUUAUUUUUGCUCUACUAAUAAUUGUAAGUGAAGUUUCAUACGUUAUUAUGAUCAUGAAUUGCCAUCACUAUAUACCCUUUCUCAUGUAUUUGUGUUGAUUGUUAUUGCGACAAACUUUGUUAGUUUAAAGCUGAAUGAAGUGUGUUGUAUUUUAUUGUUUUACUUGGCAAGUAUACUGUUAUGAUUGUGUUUUCAAUAAGAAUAUUGUUAGGUUAAAAUUUUUUUUAUUUUUUUUUUAUUUUUAUAUCAGAGCAUAACAGAAUAUAAACUUUAUUUGUCGAACUUUAAACAUACGUAGCGAGACAUUUUAAAUAUAGUGAGGCUUAAAACGCACAGACUA